AUGAGUAACGAGCGAGGAUAUUCACCACGAUGGGGUGAGUUGCCUGUCGAGCAAUAUCUGAUUAGACACUGGGACAAUGCAAUGACGGAAUCACCCGACCAACAACGCGUGAGACUUGUCCGCCAAUUUCUCGACCUGGAUGAGUUUCCCCAGGAAUGGUUUCCCACUCAGGAGGGUGAGCCAUUACCGCGCUCGCCCACGGAAGAAGAUAUCAGAGCUAUUCUUCGUCCCUGGCGCUCAGAUGAUCUGCGCCGGAGAGCGUGGCAUAUAUACACGAAUGUUACAGAUGAACCGAUCUUUCUCCGAACACACUAUGAAUCGGAAGAUGAUGAGAAAAUAGAGCAUUGGGCUUGCGUAUCAGAAGAAUUCGAGAAUCAGGCCUGGUGGGCGUGUUUGAACAACGCCCAAAUCUAUAACUUUGGAUCAGACUGGCAACGAGUAUAUGAGAUUUUACCUGAAAUUGCCGGACCGUCGACCGAGGGAUUUGUAUCCCUAGAAACUCUAUCAUCGAUACGGUCGCAUUUCAAGAUAUGGCUCAAUGAGGCAAAACAAAUUGAACCUGAGUUUUGGAGGAAGGAUAGGCAUCGAUUUAUUGAGCUCAAGGCAGCUGGCCUCCUCCGCGCAGUAGCAACAAGAUAUAUGCUUCUCGCAGAUCAAGAGGCCUUUGAAACAGAUGGACGAUUACGCCUAAUAUACCUGGAUAAUAAGCGUAAUAUUGUCCGGGAGACACGGGUUGACGCUGAUGGACAGACUAUUACAGAUAUUAUCAUGGCCUGGUUUGAACUGACUGACCCUCCUGAGCUGGAGGAUGGCAUCACUGGUGAUCGAUACCGGGUUACCGGUGACUUGGGCAGAAAGUUAUAUCAGCUGACUGAUUCUGAUUUGGCAGAUCCUUAG